AUGAGCGACGAAGGUGUCUCACAGGUGACAAAGUCGCAAGCCGAUCGGCAAUUCCCCAAGCAAUUCGUGGAUAAGAAAUACAUCACUGCCAGCCAGCUAAAGAAAGAUGACCUCAUUAGCCGUCUACAGAAAUUGCACAAGUUCCUGAAGAAGGUGGGAGAUGCGCCAGACUGGGGGAAAGAGAUGCUUGACGAUAUUGCUGCGGCCCUCAUUCAAAAGGAUAGGCUGCAGCACAAGAGCGAGGACGUGAGGCUCCUCGGCAUAUUCGAUCUGUUCAUAAACCAACUGGCCGCGCUGGGCUCGACAGACGAUCCCUCGUACUCGCUCCGAUUCUAUCUGUUGGAGCGACUGCAGAGUGUGCGCGCCUUCGCCCUUCUGAUCGACCUCGACGAUCAGCUCUACAUGCGCCUCUAUGACACCUUCUUCGAGGUCAUGUCCUGUCUCGAGGAGUCAGAGGAAAUCAGCCUGGAGCUCCUGGAGAAAAUCCUGGCCCAUCUCUUGCCCGAACAAAAGGAGUCGCAUCCGCACGCCUUUCGGCUGGCGCAGGCGCUCAUCAAGGGCAAUGCGCAGCUGCUGGAGACUCCCAUCACCGAGUUCAUGAGCGACAUUCUCGUCAACGUCAAGGCAUCAACCAGCGAGCUCAAGGACCACGGCCACGCGCUCAUCUGGGAGCUCAACAAGAUCUCGCCCAACCUGCUGCUCUACGUCAUGCCCGAGCUCGAGAAGGAGCUCACCGUCGAGGACGAGGAGAAGCGCGAGGACACCGUGGCCCUGCUGGGCAAGAUGUUUGCCUCCGAUGGGUCGCGCAUGAUCACCAGCUACCCGCAGCUGUUCAACACAUUCCUCAAGCGCUUCAACGACGUGGAGCCGUCGAUCCGCCGCCGCAUGGUCGAGUACGCGACCGAGUUCAUCCAGAACCUGCCCUCGCUCGACCUCGCCGACAACCUCUUCACCCGCGUGCGCGACACCGACGAGGGCGUCCGCGCCGCCGCGGUCAAGGCCAUCUGCGCGGCGGCCAGCGCCAACCCCAUUCGAUUCAAGAAGGACGUCCUCCAGGAGGUGGGCAUGCGCAUGCGCGACAAGAAGCCCGGCAUCCGCAAGCAGGCGAUGGUGCGGCUGGCGCAGCUCUACCGGAACUUGUGGAACAGGACGUGGAGCGACGACGACAUGAAGAAGCUGGAGCGGGCCUAUGGCUGGAUUCCCACCAAGAUCCUGCACCUCUACUUCCAAACCGACAUCGAGAUCAAAGCGGACGUGGACGAAGUGGUGUCGUGGGAGCUGCUGUCGCGCGACAAGAGCGUGAAGGUGCGCACCACAGAGCUGCUGGAGAUGCUGCCCUCCUUCGACGCCAACGCGCACCAGGCCCUGGCCCGCCUGCUCAAGGACAAGCGAGAAUUCCAGCAGGAGUUCACCAAGUACUUGCAAGUGCGCAAGGGCGACGCGGGCGCGAAGGACAAGCACGAAAAGGUUGGCCCCGCGGUGACGGAGUGCUUCCGCGUGUUCCAGCAGUACGUCCCGGGCGCCACUACGCGCCUGCAGGCCCUCCACGCGACCAAGCACAAGGAGCUGUGGAGUGCCCUGCGACAGCUGGUCGACGAGGAGGCCGACUUCAAGUCUGUCAAGGAGGCCGUCACGUCGCUCGAGGCCCAGUCCAAGCAGAAGGGCAAGUCCAAGUCGUCGACGGCCGCCAAGGCCAAGGCGUCGUCGCCCGCCGCCGGCGCCGCGGACGUGCUGCGUGCCAUCACCUACCGCCUGUCGAUGGGCAUCGUGUCGCGCCAGGCCGUGCCGCUGCUGCUCACGUCGCUGCGCAAGUACCUGGCCGACCACAACAAGGACUACUCGGCCCUGCUGGCCUUCCUGCACGAGGUGUCGGCCUCGUACCCGGGCUUCUUUGCCGACGCCACGGACCAGCUGUCGUCGCUGCUCAACGAGGACGACGCCGCCACGAUCGACGUCGCGCUCCGCAUGCUGGCCCACGUGGGCAAGCACGGCCUCAAUUGGCCGAAGGACCUGCGCCGCCGCCUGGCCGAGCUGUGCACCCGGGGCACCCCGCAGCAGUCCAAGCACGCCGUGCGCGCCCUCCACUGCCUCUACCCGGACGCCGCGUCGGCGCAGAAGGCCGGCGGCGGCUUCCUGGCCAAGCUGGCCAAGUCCCUGGUCGACGACCACCUCGAGCUGGGCAAGCGCGAGUGCGGCCCGGCCCUGGCGGCCCUCGCCCACAUCGCCAAGGUCGCGCCGGCCACGCUGGCCGCGCUCGCGCCGUCGUUCCUGCCGUGGGUCACCGGCGACCUACUCACCGCCGCGCCCCCGCAGCGCCGCAAGAACAAAGACACCGGCGACGCCUCGCACCAGGCACGCCUCAAGGCCCUCGGCCUCCGGCUGCUGGCCAACUACACCCUGGCCCACCACGAGGGCAAGGAGGGCGCCACGCAGGCCCGCGAGAUCGUGCGCCUCGUGCUCGAGACCCUGCGCAACAGCGAGCCCGAGCGUGAGACCGAUGACGACGUCGACGACGACGCUGAAGCCGACAAGCAGGCCCAGCAGCAGCAGCAGCAGUCGUACAAGCCCGACGCCGACCGCGAGCUGUUGCGCAAGCACGCCGUGCGCGAGAUCGAGGCCCUGCUCGAGGUGGAGGACUUCCACCUGGUGGCCCACACCGUGCGCGACCCGGCCAGCGAGGUGCGCGAGUACAUCAUCAAGAAGCUGUGGGCCGGGGUCAAGCACCCGACCCGCCUGGGCCUCAAGUGGGUCGCCAUGCUGGGCCUGGCCGCGCUCGAGUCGGACAAGAAGCGGAUCCAGCGGGUGCGGGCCUUCCUGGCCAACGCCAUCCGCGUGCGGCGGCAGGCCGUGGGCCUGGUGCGGCAGGAGGACGGCCGCGCGCUGUUCUCGAUCCUGCCCGAGUACGCCCUGCCCUACCUGAUCCACCUCCUCGCCCACCGCCGCGACUGGGACGCCGACGUCGCCAACAAGUUCCACGACUCCUCUCGAGUCCUGAUCUUCUUCCUGGAGCCGAUCAUCACGCACGGCGAUAACUUCACGUUCCUGGUGGAGCUGCUCAAGUUCAUCAAGCAGACUAAAGACGGCAUCGAGCCCGGGCAGGAGGAGCGCAUGCGCAUCCUGUGCGACAUCGGCGCGCUGUACAUCAAGCAGCGCGGCGCCAAGGCCACCGGCCGCUGGCUCAACCAGAAGCGCCACCCGGGCGACCUAUACCUGCCGCCCAAGUUCUUCCAGCUCUCCGAGCACCUGACCGAGCGCUCCAUCCAGGACCUGGAGAAGAGCUACCUCCCGCUCGACUUUAGCCUCCCGUCCGGCCGCUCCAACCUCAUCUAUACCGAGAAGACCCCCGCCAGGACCACCGUGCCCGUCUCCCCCAAGAAGACCCCCGCCGCCAAGACGCCGAAGCGCAAGCGAGCGGACAAGGGCGAUGAAUUGGACUUUGACGAAGAGGAGGAGGAGCAAGCGGGCAAGGGCAGCAAGAAGAAGGGCAAGGCCACUCCUAAGGGCAAGGGCAAGACCACGACGACGCCGUCGUCGGCGAAGGGCAAGGGCAAGGGCAAGACCCCGACGAGCGCGGCCAAGCGCCGCCGCACGGCUAAGGACGAGAGCGACCAAGAGGAGGAAGAGGAGGAGGAGGCCGAGGAGAUGGACGCGGAGGAGCCGAAGAAAGCGGCCAAGGCGCGCGCGGCCAAGCGGAAGAGAUCGACGACGCCCACCACGAAGAAGGGGAAGCAGAAGAAGGCGAGCGAAGAUGAAGAAGAAGAGGUGGAAGAAGAGGAGGAGGGAUCGCCUGCCAAGAAGCGCAAGACGGCAGCAGCGACCAAGAAGGGAAGAACGAGCGCGCCCGCCACGAAGGGGAACAAGAAGACGAAGAAGACGAAGAAGAGCGAUGAUGAAGAGGAGGAGGAGGAGGAGGCCACCACCAAGUCACGAGGAAGCAAGGGCAAGACGGCAUCUUCUUCAUCAUCUUCGAGGAAAUCGACCACGACCAAGGGAAAGAAGAACAAGAGCGACGAGAGCGAUGAACCUGAAGAGAAGGAGGAGCAGGAGCAGGAGGAGGAGCAAGAGGAGCUGCCCGUCACCCACAAGGCCACGCGCAGGGGAAGAGGAGGCCGGAGAGUGGGUUCGCCGCCCAGAGGAAAGGCGCCGUGCAUCAGCGCGGUGAGCAUUGCCAGUGGCGAGUUUGCGGCCAGGCUGGCGCUGCUGUGCCCAGAAGCGCUGAAUCUUGUCUGGCAGCUGACGCGCAAGGACCCCAACCUGCGGCUGUCUGCUCCCGUCAACCUCAACCUGGCCCAUCUUCUCACCAUCACCAGCGAGUGGUAA